GCGGAUCCGGAAGCAGGAAGCAAUGUGAGCUCCCAGGAUCUACCUGGCUUGGGGGAGAGAGGGAGCUGAGAUGGGACUUUCUGCUGAUGAGCUCCAGGCCUCUGCCGAGGAUGUACUAGGGAGGCUGAAGAGCCGGCAGCUGUUCCAGUCGGAAUGGGACAUCGCUGCCUUUGUGGUCUUCCUCACGUUUGUGGGCACCGUGGUGCUGUUGCUGUUGCUGGUGGUUGUGCACUGCUGCUGCUGCUGCUGUUGUACCUCCCCCAGGCCCCGGAAGGUGAGCCCCCGGAAGGAAAAGCCCAAGGGUGUGGAUAACUUGGCCCUGGAACCUUAAUGCUUGCUUGCCCUUGGCUGC